AUGCCAUCUAAUUCGACAGCGCUCGACGAAAUUAUUUCUGCCAAGCGCAAGCAGAACCCGCGUCCUCGCCGUGCCGGUGCGCGCCAGUCCAGUGCUUCGCGCGGCAAGAGUGCCAAGGCUGCUGCACUUGGUAGCACGGCCACUGCUGCGGCUGUGAGCCAGGCUAAUCGUCAGCAGCCACCGGUGGUGUUCCCACCGGCGGCUGGUAAGGGUAAGGGCAGCAAGGUGAUUGUGAGCAACCUGCCUACCGACGUGACGGAGGCGCAGGUCAAGGAAUUGUUUUCGACAACAAUUGGUCCGCUGCGUCGUGUGCUAAUGAGCUACCGUGCGAACGGCCAGUCGACUGGUGUCGUCACGGUGGAGUUCCAGCGUGGUGAGGAUGCGGGUCGUGCGUACUCGCAGUACAACAACCGCCUGAUUGAUGGCAAGCGUCCGCUGAAGAUUGAGGUCGUGGUCGACCCUGCGCAUGCGCAAGUGGCUGCGGUGGCUCAGCCGAAUGCUCAGCAGCAGCAGCAGCAGCAGACUGGCGGGAAGACCAAGGCGGCGAAGGCGAAGGCUCGCAAGGGUGGCAAGCGCCGCCGUGAAGACCGUCCGGCUAAGUCGCUGGAGGACUUGGAUGCUGAGAUGGAAGACUACUCCAAGCAGGCUUCCUCGGAGACGCAGCCUAUGCAGGAUGCGCCGGCUGCCUAA